AUGUCCAAUCCAUGUGUUGACCCGACACUCUACCUUGGCUGGGCUGCUCUACUGUCGUCGUGGACUCUCAAGAUCACCAAGUGUGUCGAAGAUAAAGAUGAGAUCCUGGGAGCAUUAGCGGCGAGUAUUACGCCUAGAUCACAGGUGGAUAAGGCCCAACGGCGCAAGAUCCAGGCUCCGAUCCCCACUAUUGAACGCGACAAGGAUCUAUACGCCUUUAGUUUCGAUGGAUCCGCUCCUGUCAAGAGAGGUGGAGGCGCCUAUAGCGUGAUCAAAUUGCCUGAAUGGAAGGUGUUAAAGGCUAGAUCUGGAUACGCUGAAGAUCUGGUUUCACGGCGUCUGGUGAUCCGCGGAGACUCAAACUUGGUGAUCCGACAAGUACGAGGUAAGAUCGAUUGUAAGGCACCAGGUUUGACACUGCUACGCCAGGGGGCUCUAGACCGACUACGUACUUGGCCGGAUCACGAGCUGUUGCAUGUUGAGGCUGAAAAAGAGAUCCAGGAUCUAGUGACCUUAAACCUGUUGGAUGAGAUCCUGGUAAAGAAGAUCGAAGACGUGAUCGCACAGAUAUCUGCUGUAACUACCCGAUUUAAGGUUAGAUCUGAUUCACUGCGUGAGAAAAUCGUGAGAGAACCGCAGAUUGAGCGGAUCCGGCAAGCGCAGGAUGAGGAGUCAUGGAUCUCCGGCCUGAAAAAGUAUUUGGUUGGAGAAAUCCGGGAUCUGACACAAGAGGAUGCUAAGGUGUUUGGAUCUAGCGCGAUGAAUUACGAAGUGGACCAGUCGGAUCUACAUUUCUACUGCCCGACAACUAAGAAGGCCGCUACAGAUCGAGACAAGCUGAUGCGAUUAGUGGUGCCUGAGACGUUUCACAAAGAUAUUUUGCAUCACUAUCAUACAAGUCUGCAAGGUAGUCAUCAGGAAAUCGGGCUAACUUAUGAUCGGAUCCGCGAUCACUUCCACUGGAGAGGGCUGUAUAAGAGUGUACAACGAUAUAUGGGAGGGUGUGUCAAUUGUGAAACAGGCAAAGGACGUCCUCGAAUCCAGGGUGAGUCGCCUGGUAACCUUUGGGCAACAUACCCAUGUCAGAUCAUUGACAUGGGUCACAUACCAUCGCUGCCCAGAUCUUUCAAUGGCAACACGGAGUUGUUGAUCUUCGUAGAUCUAUUCUCGGGAUACGUGAUUACCAAGGCCAGCGCCUGUAGAUCUGCACAGACGAUAACUGAGACCUACGAAGAAUGUGUUUUCCACAGAUUUGACGCGAGCGAAGUGAUCCGGCUCGAUCGAGAGCCAGGCUUCAUGUCUGAGUUCUUCAAGUCUUUCAAAAAGAUCUUGGAUCAACGCCAACCUGCUACUAUGGCUUAUCGAGCCCCAGCUAAUGGACCUGCAUAA